GCCUCGAUCAAGGCAGGGACGCGAGCUGCAACUGCUUACUCUCCUUAGAGUCAUCCAAGCCCCGGCAAUCUAGCGGAACGUGCAGCCCAUCGGUCGUUCGUAAUCCUUCCUUUGCACGCGUUCCUUGAGGUGCCUACACAUUCUUUUCGUGGUCGCCCGUUGAUGCCAUUGUAUCGAUGAUGCGGCGUUCCGUAUUGCUCGAUGUUGCUCUUUGGGUAACAUUAGCACAAACUACGCCAUAUCAGAGGAGAUACAACACUUCAAUAGCAACGACUACGACACAACUGCCUCCGCCGCCACCAGGAUAUGGAUGUUCAGGAUGUGUUGUCCAGGCGCUGGCUCCGCUCACAGUAUCUCUUGCCCAGGAAGAAUUGUCCUCCUGGACCAGUGUUGUUCAACAAGUGAAAUGCCUUACCAGAUAUAUCAGCCAUUAUACGGGAACGCCAUCUGCCUUACAGACCGUUGUGACAGAAAUAGAGACGUUGACUCAGCACACAAUAUUCACGGAUGCAUCUCAUCAGAUUAUCACUUACACAACACCGGUCUUGACCGUUGAGCCCACACCAGGCGUUACACUAGAGUUGCCCUCAGGCACCUAUAUUUUCUACGACAAGAUCUUUGGUGGACUCAAUCAACUCACGACUUAUCCUGGUAGACCUCAGAACCCUGAAACUGCGAUUUACCUUCCGCCUUAUCCUGCGCCUACAGCUCCAGGUCACGCUCUUUUUCGACUACAAGAAGUUGGAGGCUAUCCGACGUGUGCUGCAGAUGUAAAAACGUUUGAGGAUGCCAUGCCGACGCGGACAGCAGACUGGCGAUCUUUCUAUCAUUCUGUUACCGGCACGCUGCCAGACCCAGGUGUGAUAACACCGUUACCACUUCCCUCUCCCCUCUUAGGCUAUUUUAAUCGUGACCCUGGAAUCAGAAGUUCUUUCCACGGUAUCAAUCUAUUUUCAUGUACGCCCAUCCAUGAAUCAACGAUAGGUGGCGGGAUACAGUUUUCAACGGCCCCCUACUAUUCGGCUCCACACCCGUCAUCUGAAGGGGUAAUUCCGAUCAAGCCUUCUUUCGCGACUGGACCAAGUAAAUCGCAAACAUACAUACAGACUACUUAUCAGAGUGUGACUUCCUAUUCUUCGGUCCAUGGCCCCUUGAGAGGCGACAUAUCUUAUACUACAACCCCAAAACAGACCCUCGUACAGAAUUCGCCAGGAGAUGCUGACAGAGGCUCGCCAAACCCAGCAAAGCCCAAUCGCCCAGGAGGCGGCCAAGUCGUCUCGAUCGGAACUAAGACUUAUGAUAUCCAUCCCGCAACGCCAUCGAAUCAAGGACAAGGCUCUAAUUUGGGCCAAGGUGUGGUCGUGGGCACGGUUACACUGAACCCUGGUGCCACAACUACCAUUGAUAACGUCAUAGUCGCUGUUCCCACAGAAGGAGGUGGACGCGUUGUCGUCGUCGGCACAAAUUUAUACCACGUUUUGCCCACUGGAUCACCUGUCAUCUCAGUCGGAGACGCUAUUCUGAUGCCGAAUUCACACGGCCUAUACGUGAUCGGAACGCAAACACUCACCCCUGGUGGCCCCAUAAUUACAGUCAACGGCUACAACCUGAGUCUAAACCCGGAAGGAAGCUUAGUAGUCAUAAACGGCGUCACGCAAACACUCGGAGGUAGCCCGCUCGUAACCGGCGCACCUGUGCUGACAGUCGGCGACCAGACCUAUCCCGCAACACUCAUAGAUGGAACCAUCGCGUUUAUCCUCGGGCACGGACAAACACUGCUCCCAGGGACCACCCUCACAAUCUCAGGAACAACAUAUUAUUUACCCUCUGAUGCAUCACCCUCAGUCAUUGUCAUCAACGGCGUAAUCUCAACCCUCGGCAUUGCACCACUCAUACCGGCUCCAGAGAUCACCCUCGCCGGCCGCACAUACACAGCCACAGUCCGGGACGGCACCACUGAGUACGUGCUUGACCAGGGUACGACGCUGCGACCGGGGGAUGUAGUCACUAUUUCGGGGACGACGUACUCUCUCGACGCGCUGAACACAGCCUUGGUAAUCAACGGGCAGACGAGCACCGUGGCGAGAUCGAGCGUCCCAGCGAGUAAUUUUGCGACGCCGACGGCAUCGGCGGAGAUCACGGCUGGGGGGAAGUUCGUGGAGACGUCGGCGGCGGGUUCUUCGAGCAAAGGGAGUGCAAGAUCCGUGCGAAAAGGGGGACUGGAUGUUUGGCUUGAGGGAUGCGUCUUGGGGGUGGCGAGCUGGCUGGUGAUGCUACUGUGAAGGACGUGUUGAGUCUUGGUGGAUUUAAUAUGACUUGCAUUUAGCGCGGCGUUUGGGAUGGGUAGACAGAUGGAUGGCUUUGGGGCUUUAUACCCAUGUAUAGCGGAGACGGUUGGCUUAAUAUACCACGGACAUGUACUACUCUCGCAUGGCUUUACACGAUUCGUAAACAUCUGGGACAUUAGUGCUAUUACUACUG